AAUAAAAAUUAAUUAUCCUCGGCUGAGGCGAUAAACGCGGUCGCCGGAUUGCUUAAUAAGGAGCUCGCGAAUUCGCCAGCCUCACACAUCACGCACCCACGACGCAGACUUCAUAUAAACAGAAGUUUUUGCACAAUAUCUCGCACUAGUCAGAAAUGAAUAAGCUUUACUUGUGCAUUGCGCUUCUCUUGCCGGCGAUUCUGGCCAGCCCUGUGCAGCAGGAGCCGUUUGAGGAGCACAAUGACGAGGCGCACGCGGCCGUCAUCAGAGGAAUCAGAACGCAGAGUAUUGGAAAACCAGACCUCAAUGUUGGCGCAGCAGUAGACAAUUGGCAUCCCGAUUCUGGGGUCAACCCUGAGGAGCUCGGCGCGUACCUGGAAGGUGACAUUCUUACACUGCCCACUAAUCAGGGAAGAAACGGAAUCAUUAGCACGAGCUAUCGGUGGCCAAAUGCCGAGAUUUACUACUCCAUUCAGGGCACCUUUGACGCGAAUCAACUUAACUUGAUCCAACAAGCAAUAAACGCGUACCACGCCAACACAUGCAUCAGGUUCAAACCUUACAACGGCACCCAGCGCGACCACCUGAUCAUCAAGAGCGACAAUACAGGGUGCUGGGCGACGGUCGGAAGGAUCGGCGGCGCUCAGUACGUCAAUUUGCAGAUUCCCGGCUGCGUGACAAUGGUUGGAACGGCUAUCCACGAGUUGAUGCACACCGUUGGCUUUUUCCACGAGCACUCGCGCACAGACAGGGACACUUACGUGAACAUUUUGUGGCAGAAUAUCCAAUCAGGAACCGAGUCCAACUUUAAUAUUCGGAGUUCAACAGCGUUUGGGGUGGCUUAUGACUACGGCAGUGUGAUGCACUAUUCGGCAAAGUCUUUCUCCUCAAAUGGAAACCCAACAAUCGAGCCAAAGUUUGCAACCACCACCUACCUCGGCCAACGCUAUGGAUUCAGCCAGUCCGACAUUAGAAAAAUUAACGCUAUGUACAAUUGCCAGAACUGCUAUGCGUUUCAUUUCUAUCUGAACAGGCACAAGGAAAUGUCAAUCACAUUGACAAAGGGUGCCUUUGUGGCCCAUUUAUUGGUUCUCAGUCAGGCUGUGCCAUUAUUAUUUGAUUUAAAGUUGCACAGCAAUGAAGUGGACAGGCUGCGAGAGAUGAGUUGGAACAUCAGCCAAGGGCAGCAGGACUACACAAUUGGUAAAUUAGUUUCCAACUGGACUAGCAAAUCUGACGUUUAUCCAGAGGAAAUGGGCUCUUACCACGAGGGAGACAUUCUGUAUUACAACAACAGCCAAGCUAUUGAGGGCAAAAAUGGGAUCAUUGGCGAAAACUUCCGCUGGCCGGGCGGUGUGGUUUACUACGAAAUCUCAAAGAGAUUCUCACGAAAUUCUCGGAGGCAAAUUACAAAGGCAAUGAACGAAUAUCACACUCGCACUUGCAUCCGCUUCAAAAAGUACACCGGCGUCCAGAGGGACUUUGUUUUUAUUGGAAAUGAGAAAAGUGGAUGCUGGGCCGCCGUGGGUAGAACUGGAGGCCCUCAAUACAUGAACUUGCAGACGCCUGGAUGCGUCACACUGCUGGGGACGGUGAUUCACGAGCUGAUGCACGUUGUUGGAUUCUGGCAUGAACAAUCACGGUUGGACCGAGACAGCCACGUUAAAAUUUUGUGGAAUAACGUACGAGACGCAAAUAGGCACAACUUUAACAAGGCUCGAUCAACUUCUUUCGGCGUUCCAUAUGAUUAUUCAAGUGUGAUGCAUUAUUCGGCGUCGGCUUUUUCAAAAAAUGGUCGGCCAACAAUUUUACCAAAGGUAUAUAAUUUGCUCUAUAGUAAUUGUUUAAAAUUUAAAAAUAUAAAACGAAUUUUCAUCUUUCCAGCAAUCAGGAGUGACCUUAGCACAACGACAUCAUCUUAG